UGGCUGUCAUCUUUGAUUUUAGCUAGCUACUCAGGAGGCUGAGACGCAGGGAAUCAUGGUCAGAAAAACCCAAGAGACUCCAUUUCCAAAAUAACUAACCCGCAGCCAGGCUGGAGGCUUGGCUAAAACGGAGGCACUGGCCAAGCAAGUCCGCUGCUGACUAAACCUUGGGACUGGGGUUGGGGUUAGCGCAGCAUUUGCCCAGCAAGACAAAGGCUUUGACUUUGGUCGUCAGCUCUGAAGCAGGGAGGGGAGAAGGUGGGACAGCCAAACCCUGGGACUGACAAGCAACAAAAAUGUUUCGGGGUGCCAAGUGUUAUGGGGUGGGCCAACUGCCUGCCACUUCUCCCACACCGCAUGGGCCUGCCCAGUGACCUGGGCCGUGUGUUCUUGUCCAGAAACCUCGUGGCGGUGGACGAUUACAACUGGGGGUGCUUGCAGAAGUCCUGGGAAGGUGGCAGCGGUGAUGGCGGCUCCUCUGAUGGCAACUCCUAUGAGAACGUGCUGGUCUGCCAGCCCGGGCCCCCCACUGCAGGGGGGUCCCGCAUGGGGACGCAGGCCGGGGAGGGGUCGGGCAGCCGCCCAUCCUCGCUGUGUCCCGCUGAUGGAGAGGAGAGUGACUACCAGAACUGCACGUCCAUCCACCGGUGGCGUGAGUCAGUGAGGGGUGUAGGGCAGGCGUGGGGGGCUCCGCCUGGGACCCCAGCAGGAAGCCCAGGCGACCAUGAGGAGCCAGAUUAUGUGAAUGCCUAGGGGAGCAGAGGCAGGAGCAGGAGGACCAGUAGCUGGCAGGGGUUUGCUGCCUCCAGGCCCUGCCAGGCUCCUCCGGGACACACCUGAGCUCACCUGGCACAGGGAGAUGAGGAACCCGAGCCAUGCCUCCACCUCCCCCUGCUGCUCUGGGGCGGCGUGGACAAGCAGGGCCGGGCAGCAUUCCAGUCCACGUCGACAACAUUGGCAGCAUGGCACUCGUCUUUUAUUUUGCCCGGCUCAUCGAGGAACAUGGUUCUCCCAUCUAUGCCUCCCGGUGGCUGGGAUUACGGGGUGCACUACCACAGCCACUGUGUCUGCUUUCAUGCUUUGGAUCUGGGAGUCAGUUUGUACAGCUAAUUCACAUGGCUGAAUUGUUAAUUAAAUGGACUUUCAGAACAUCUCUCCUCCUUAGCAAGUGCCACCUGAGCUCCGUGGGCUGGUCAGGAAGCCAUUCAGGUUGGAUGUCCUGUUCAGGUGGCACUGGGGAUUGCACUGGGCAUCAGGGCCCAGGCCUGGCCAGGCCGAGGGGUAAGAAGGGAGGAAGGCUGCUUCCCACCCAGCAUCUCCCAUAAACUGCAGCUUGCAGAGGGUUGCUCUGUGUCUGCUUCCAAAUCACUCAUGGGAUAGGAGGGGCCUCGGCCCCCCAGUCCAGUUCUCUUCCUGGGACACCCUAAUUCUCUCCAAGAAGGAAAGAAACACCCAUGUGUCCCCUCUGGCCCCC